AUGUCAGACGAUCCAACACGGCAAUCCGCAAGCGCGGAAAAGGCCUUUACAGCAGACCAGUGGAAGGGCGCCGAAGCCACCCACGCAGUCAAACCCGAGAACGCCAAUGUCUACGCCGCCGCAGCAUCACAGCAUACCGCCGGUGGCUCGGCCGCAGACGUCACAAUCACCGACGCUGCAAAGACAAUCAAGAUUGAGGACUUUGCUGCUCUGCCCAAGAAGCCUUGUGUGAGGGACUCGCUGCUCACAGGAAUCACCGCUGGCUUUGUGGUAGGCAGUUCGAGGGCCAUCUGGAGGGGCAAGUCACACGAGUCUCGUUCUCUUCAAUUGCACUAUCUAACAAAGCAUUGCANNGCACCAAUCCAAUCUGCCACCAAUUGGGCAGUUGGUACCUUCGUCAUCGGCUCCGCAGGCAUGUACCAAUACUGCCAGUACAAGCGUCUGGCAGAAAAGGAAGGCAUGACACGCGCCAUGGAAAUUAUCGACCGCAAGCAAGUGGAGCGCAAGCAAAAGGAAGCCCGUCUGGAGAGAGCAAGAGAGUUGCGCCGCCAAAAGAAGGAAGAAGAGGAUGCUCAGAAGUUUGCGGAUUUGAACUCGGGCAAUGCUACGCCAGGCGCAAGCGAGGCCAAGUCUUCUUCGUGGAAGCUCUGGUAG